GCUGCUCUGAAAUCCCCGACUGAACGAUGCAAUCGCGGUUGCAGCAGCUCCAUGGGAGCCGAAUAUUGAAACCUCGUGGACUACGCGAGCAAAUGGCUACGACUUCCAUUGCUCAUCUCUCAAGCUUCAGCUCAAGCUCACUCAGAUUCUCCUCUCCAUUAUUUCACCCGCUCUCAUCGUCUCUUUCCGUUGCUCAAUUUAGCAAUGUUCUUCGUCUUCGCGCUCGUUCCACUGCUGCGAAACCUAUCGCGAUGUGCAAAAUGAACGAUGCAGAUUUGAUAUCACAGUUGGAGCUGGGGAAACCACUGCAGAAUCGGAAACCGGAGAAGCGUGUUAAUGGUAUAUUCUGGAUCAUUCUUCUCAACAUUGGAGUAUAUGUGGCCGAUCACAUUUUUCAGGUUCGUAGUAUAGGAGCUCUGUACUUGUACCACAAUCGUCCUGCAUGGUAUCAAUUUUUUACAGCAACAUUUUGUCAUGCUAAUUGGAACCAUCUCUCUAGCAAUCUUUUUUUCUUGUAUAUAUUUGGAAAACUUGUUGAGGAAGAGGAAGGAAACUUUGCUUUGUGGCUUUCCUAUAUUCUUACUGGUGUAGGUGCAAACAUUGUUUCAUGGCUAAUUUUACCAAGAAAUGCUGUAUCAGUUGGAGCUUCUGGUGCUGUUUUUGGGUUGUUUACUAUAAGUGUCCUUGUAAAGAUGUCUUGGGACUGGAGGAAGAUCCUCGAAGUCCUUAUACUUGGUCAAUUUGUUAUAGAGAAGGUCAUGGAAGCAGCCCAAGCUUCAACUGCACUGUCAGGAAGCUUCCGCGGAGGAUCUGCCUUGCAGAAUGUUAACCAUGUUGCUCAUCUCUCUGGGGCGCUCGUCGGUGUCGUUCUGGUAUGGCUUCUCAGUAGAAUUCCUUCUCAACCUCCUGAUCAAGAUGCAUCAACUUUGCACAGGAAAGUAAGAUGAUUGCACAAGCAAUUCUGCUUUGAAAUAGAACAAUAUACUCUGCCCUUAUCUUCUUGUUUUGUUCUCAUUUAGGAAACAGUAUCCAUUCAUCUUCCUAUUUGUAUCUUGUGUAAAAUAUUUUAUAUAGGAUUGUGGCUAUAGGUUUGCAAGUGUAAAAGUAAUAUUGGCAUGGAUGGAACGAAUUUUCUUGACAACUAAAUGUAAUAGCAAGACGAUUUAACUA